CAACAGCACAGCACAAAAAGUGAAGUUGAUAUUAUAUCAGACUGCUCGGAAUCAAUAAUUCAAAGAACUGCUAAGUGAUGGGGCGCAAACGCAGAAAUGGAAUGGCGUCUUCAAGCCACGAGGAAUUUCCAAACCCGAGUAGCUCGCUCUCAGCCGAAGGGUCGAAGGGUCAUACCGACUCAUCCGCCAGCGAUUUUGGCAAGCGUCCCAGAAGCGGAGCACCCGAGAAAGCCAGUAGGCAAGACCGCAAGCACGCUCGACGGAUUCUAAGGCAGCACAGGAGAGAGCGGAAGAGGCUGGAUAUGGUGUCAAAGAAGGAGCUCACCAAAAACCAGCAGGAAAUCGCCUGGGCACAUGCCGUACUGGGCAUGGGCCCGUUUAUUGGCGAAGUCGUCAAGCCAGACGAGUGCCAAGAGCAGGUGGAAUCCCCAGGGGAGAUUGGAAGGCAAGAAACCCCUGACCGUGAGAACCCAGUGGAGGAGUCACACAGAUCCCGAAGAGACGAACCAGACGAGCCGGAGGAAUCCCCAGAAAGGUCCCGAAGCCCAUCCCCGGAAUACAUCAUAAAGGUUGGCGAUAACCGCAAACUAAUCGCUGUCAUCAAUAGAAACGACGUCCUGGGAGCGCUAACGGUAAAGGCUUGGCAUUUCGUACAGAGUGCUCUCGCUAAAGUGGCCUCGGAAGUGUUUGAGGAGUUCCCAGGGCCGCCGCCGAAGUGGAGGGACUCCGGCUGGUUCCAGGGCGUCAUCAAGGUUAUCGUGUGUGAUAACAAUCGAUCGGUUGCCCUCUACAAGACUGCGUUGUCAAAGGUUGUGGCGCUUUACCCAGGCACUCAGCUGGAGGUGCACGAGGCUGGCAGCAUACCGAUAAGGCCAAGAGCUCUUGGAAUGAUUCCUUCGGAACCCUCCACCGCAGCGGAGAUCCUCAGGCUAAUUCGGCUCUUCAAUCCCAGGUUGCCCACCCAAAACUGGAGAGUGGUGAGCAUCAAGCCAUGUGAAAAUGGCCAGUCGCUGGUGGGCAUCCUGCUCAACGAGGAGUGCCUGCAGCCACUGAAGGAGUGCGGGGGCCGCCUGGAAUACGGAUUCAACCAAAUCACGCUGCAGAUCUGCGAGACGGACGUCAUAGCGCCCGACAACUUGGCAUCCUGCUUUGAUCCCCUGAAUGAAGAAGACGAUGACAAAGACACUGAUUCCAAGUUCUUAACUCUUCUGGGCAUAAACUAAUUAUCGUUAAUCAUUCUAAAGUUAUCUACCAUUAUAUAGCCAUUAUUUUGUAAUCAUCUGAACACAUCUACAUAACCACUCAUGCCGAUGAAUAAAGAGCAACGAGACCAAUUAGUAAA